GUCGUCUCCCUGCUUCUGCUUUUCAUUUUAGAUCUCUUCAGAUUUGAAGUUCUGCUUCUACGAGGGAAAGCGACAAGAAGAGAACUUAGCCGAGAUGGCUCGUACCAAGCAGACUGCUAGGAAGUCCACUGGAGGGAAGGCUCCCAGGAAGCAGCUUGCUACUAAGGCUGCUCGGAAGUCUGCCCCUACCACUGGUGGAGUUAAGAAGCCCCAUCGUUAUCGACCUGGUACUGUUGCUCUCAGAGAAAUUCGCAAGUAUCAGAAAAGCACUGAACUGUUGAUCAGGAAGCUUCCCUUUCAGAGACUUGUAAGAGAAAUUGCUCAGGACUUCAAGACUGAUCUGCGUUUCCAGAGCCAUGCAGUGCUUGCAUUGCAGGAAGCUGCAGAAGCCUACCUUGUUGGCCUCUUUGAAGACACAAACCUUUGUGCUAUCCAUGCAAAGAGGGUGACCAUCAUGCCUAAAGACAUUCAGCUUGCCAGGAGGAUUCGCGGUGAAAGGGCUUAGAACCAAGCCUACCUCUGCGUUGAACUUCAUGCUUUGAUAAAUUAUUUUGAUGUCUUUCACCUCGCUGAAUUUAGGGUUUUUGAACAUUGAUCUACUUUUGUUUUGUUGCGUCUAUGGUGCUUUGUUAUCAACUAUAUUGGUAUGACUUUUGACAGGCUUUUGACAGGGAUGUUGCUGUGAAAUUUUAUGUAGUUUUAUCCUGUAAUUCUAGCAAUGCUGUUGUGAAUGGAAUCACGAACUGUGUUAAAAAUUGUUGAAGAGUGCUGAUUUUUGGGUUGUGUUC